AUGCUCGACGCCGAUUCCUCUGAAUUGCUACACUUUGCGCAGAAUGUGUGUCUUAUACUUCUCUCUGUUGUACUCCUCCCGUUAUCCACCGCAAUACUCUUCCUCAGUUAUGCUGUACGACUAUUCUUUGGCGAAAAUGCCUCUCGUCAACGCUCCCAACGAUCGCCAAAUUUUCAACCGAAAACCAUCCUUGUCACAGGAGUCGGCAUGGCUAAGGGACUGAGAAUUGCUCGGGCAUUCUACCAGACAGGCCACAGAGUCAUAGGAGCUGACUUCGAACCAAAUUCGAUUCUCGUCAGUGGCCGAUUCUCCAGAGCUAUCGACAAAUUUUACCGCGUCAGCAAGCCAUCACCACAGCAUGGCGCAGCCCGUUAUGUUAGGGAUUUGGUGUACAUAGUGGAGAAAGAGGAGGUGGAUCUCUGGGUCAGCUGCUCGGGUGUUGCUUCUGCUGCUGAAGAUGGACAAGCUAUGGAACUACUUGGAAGGAAGACGAAUUGCAAGAGCAUACAGUUUGAUGUCAAAACCACAGAAACUCUGCAUGAGAAAGAUCGUUUCAUCGAAUAUACAAAGUCUCUAGGAUUGCCCGUCCCUGAAACCCACCAAGUGGUGUCAAGAACCGCUGUGCUCAAUGUGCUGAACGAAGCCAUUGACGGCAAGAAGAAGUAUAUAAUGAAGACUAUAGGGGUCGAUGAUGCAUCUCGAGCAAGCACAGCCAUCGUCCUACCAAAGCGAACAUUAAGCCAAACAUACGGCCACGUUUCCAAACUCUCCAUCUCCAAAUCAACACCUUGGGUCUUGCAACAAUAUAUUAAGGGCGAGGAGUAUUGUACACAUUCGAUUGUCAUUGAUAACAAGGUCAAGUUGUUUGUUGCAUGUCCGUCGUCGGAUCUCUUGAUGCACUACCAGGCCUUACCGCAAGAAUCAGGGCUUAGUAAAGCAAUGCUCCACUUUACGGAAGAAUUUGCUCAUCGAUCGGGAUCUGGUUUUACCGGGCACCUGUCGUUUGACUUCAUGGUAGAAGAGAAGGUAACAGAAGGCUGUGUGCAGAAGAAUAUUUACCCAAUUGAAUGCAACCCUCGAGCACAUACUGCAGUAGCUCUGUUCUCCGGCACACAAGGCUCGGUUGAUAUGGUCAAAGCUUACAUGAGUGUCCUGGACUCUUCGCCAACAAGCGGUAGCAAUGGACAUUUGGACCUGUCUUAUACCCUCUCUGGCACUGGGUCUGUUGCUUAUCCACUACCAACAGCUCCUGGCUACUACUGGAUGGGCCACGAUAUCGUCACUCUUGUUCUUCAUCCUCUGCUACGCAUUCUGACCUUCAGAAUUGGAUUCUGGUCAUUCAUUCAUCAUGUCACCACUUUUGUGAAUCACGUUCUGUUCUGGAAAGAAGGUACAUAUGAGGUCUGGGAUCCGUUGCCCUGGUGGUGGCUAUACCACGUCUACUGGCCCAGGCAGUUUUGGGCCUGUCUGAGGACAGGCAAGAAAUGGAUUAGGGUCAAUGUCUCUACCACAAAGAUAUUUGGUUGUUGA